AGAAGCCUUAUGGGGAGAUGUUGAUGUCCCCUGCCUGUCGUUCGCGGUAGGAUGAACUUGGUGUCCCCAGUCGCGGGAUGAAAAUAGGUAUGCCUGGAAGCAGAUUUUAAAAGCAGUUUCUCUUCAGAUCAUCUUUCACACCACCUGAUAAGCAUCUUGAAUCAUCAUGGUGUUAGCAGCAGUAAAAUGGGUGAUAUCAAACAGAACUCUCUGGAAACCUUUCUUUCCGAUUCAAAACGGAGCUUUAUAUUGUGUUUGUCAUAAGUCUACGUAUUCUCCUCUUCCAGAUGACUAUAAUUGCAAAGUAGAGCUUGCUUUGACAUCAGAUGGCAGGACAAUAGUAUGCUACCACCCUUCUGUGGACAUUCCAUAUGAACAUACAAAACCUAUUCCACGGCCAGAUCCUGUGAAUAAUAAUGAAGAAACACAUGAUCAAGUGCUGAAAACCAGAUUAGAAGAAAAAAAUGAACACUUUGAGCAAGGCCCUAUGAUAGAACAACUUAGCAAAAUGUUCUUUACUACUAAGCACCGCUGGUAUCCUCGUGGACAGUAUCAUAGACGUCGUAGGAAACUGGAUCCUCCAAAAGACAGAUGAUAUUGAGGUUUUCAGAAAUCAAAGAGAUGUUAUCUUGUGUCUUAUUUGCCAUUUGAGAAAAUGCAAUUGAGUAUAUUCACUGUUAUAUAGCAAAACAAUAAUAAAAUGUCUUUUUAUAUAUUAGAAUGACUGUUUCUUUAUGUAUCUAAGUAAUUGUGGAUUUGACAUUCUUAUAUACAGAAACUUACUUGGUCUAUCUUGCCUUUGAGAUAGUAAGGUCUGCCAUUUAUUUUUAUGUAUCUAGUUGUGAUUAAGCAUUUUUGCUUUAUCAGCCAAAUAUUGUUAGUAGUAUAAAUAUGAUUAAUAAAAAUGUGCAUGGUUCUCCUUCACAAGGAGAUUUUUUAAUUGUCUUUGAAAAGAAACUCAUAAGGUCCACCCAGAAAAUAAAUGUUAAAAUGUUUUCUUUCUUGUGGCUUUUAGGAAAUAAUUAAAUUGGAGUUGACCAUUGAACCACACAAGUUUGAACCAGUCUACUUAUACACAGAAUUCUUUUUGGAUAAAUACAGUACAGUACUGUAAAUAUAUUUUCUCUUCAGGUUUUUUUAGUAACAUUUUCUUUUCCCUAGCUUUAUUGUAACAAAAUAAUAUAAAAUACAUAUAACAUGCAGAAUACAUGUUAAUCAAUUAUGUUUAUCAGUGAGGCCACCAGUCAACAUAGGCUAUUAGUAAUUAAGUUUUUGGGGAGUCAAAAGUUAUAUGUGGGUUUUUGACUGCAAUGAGGAUUGGUACCCCUAACCCCCUUGUUCAGGGGUUAACUGUAGUUACAUUUUAAUUAGUUUCUACUGCUUUCCAGGUCCUUUCUGUAUAUAUACAUCAUUAUUAAAUUCUCACAAUAAUCCUUUGAAGAAAAAUCAUCAUCCCCACUUUACAGGUAAGGCCAAGUAACUUUGAACCUACCUAGCAAGUGGAGUGGAAGAGCCAGGAUCCAAAUGGUCUGGUUCCAGAGCCUUUUUACAGUGCAUUACAGUGACAAAGGUAUAUUUUCUUUUACCCAAGAAUGUUCUUUCCUAGAAAGGAUAUUAUAUAAUUUCUUUUAAUUUUUUUUUUCUGGCUGUUUUAGAAAUUAUACUUGCUUUAGAACACAUGCAACUCAGUGGUGAAAAUGUUAAUAUCACUAAACUAGUGUGAUGAGAA